ACGUUUUGUAUUUCGUUUUCAUUUACAUCCUCCUCUUUAUCUAUUUCUCUUUCCCCCCACCCACACUCACGCUGCUGACGCUACCACCGCCACAAUGUUGCCGUUACCACCGUUGGCGAUCGUGCUGAUCCUUUCCAUUGCCGUACAUUUUCCGGCGACUGUGACAUCCGGAGAUCUCCCUUCGUUUAGUGAGGCACCGGCAUUUCGGAACGGCGUGGAAUGCCCCAGGACGACGUGGUCUUCGCUGCCAAAGGGUUCGUACAACCCUUCUAUCAUUCACAUAGCCAUGACCCUCGAUGCCACUUAUCUCCGUGGCUCGAUCGCUGGGGUCUUGUCAGUUCUGCAGCACGCGUCUUGUCCGGAAAACAUUGUCUUCCAUUUCCUUGCUAGUCAUCGGAGAGCGGAGCUACGGCGGAUCAUCGUCACUACCUUUCCUUAUCUGUCGUUUCAUCUGUACCACUUCGAUACCAACCUCGUCAAAGGCAAGAUCUCAUCGUCGAUUCGUAGAGCGCUUGACCAGCCGCUCAACUACGCCAGAAUCUAUCUUGCGGACCUCCUCCCCGGCGGCGUCCGCAGGAUAAUAUACUUCGAUUCCGACUUGAUCGUCGUCGAUGACGUCGCAAAGCUGUGGGAGAUCAAUCUAGGGCCGCACGUUCUCGGUGCGCCGGAGUACUGCCACGCCAAUUUUACCAACUACUUCACUGCAAAAUUCUGGUCUAACCCAGCUUUCACGACGUCGUUUCGGGGUCGAAAGCCGUGUUACUUCAACACAGGCGUAAUGGUGAUCGAUCUGUGGAGGUGGCGCGAAGGCAAAUUCACGGAAAAACUCGAGACGUGGAUGAGAAUACAGAAGAGGUAUAGAAUCUACCAGCUAGGUUCACUGCCACCGUUCUUACUGGUCUUCGCCGGAGACGUGGAAGGGGUGGAGCACCGGUGGAACCAGCACGGGCUUGGUGGGGACAACCUGGAAGGAUUAUGUAGAAAUCUCCACCCGGGUCCGGUGAGUCUCCUUCACUGGAGUGGCAAAGGCAAGCCGUGGCUGAGACUGGACUCGAAGCGACCGUGCCCACUCGACAGCUUGUGGGCACCGUACGAUUUGUUCCGUCACGCAUCGCUGAUAUCGGACAGCUGAGCUGACGAUUCCGACCGUCGUCCACGGCGGAGACGGUGGAACUCAGAGAAAGCGUUGAAAGAGGGAAGAGGCCGAAACUGUAAAAAGAUAUAACGCUAGUGGGAUUGAUGACGUCAGCUUUUGUCGGCGCCGGAAUCAACAUGGCGCCGCUGCCCUUAGAAACAAAGGAGAAAGGCUGAUUAACGGCCCAGAUUUCCCGAAGAAUGAGUUUAAAAUAAAAAAAAAAGGUUUUACGGUUGAUGAAGGUGAUUGGGCCAUUGUGGCGUUUUUACCGCUCCAAAUGGCUGGAUUUUGGGGCAAUCAAGGAUUUUACGCUUCUCACUUUCACCGAUUUGUUGGUGUAAUUAAAUAUUCUUUUUGGGGUAAGAUUAUUUCAUUAUUUGGUAGAUCAUAUAUGGUUUAUUUGGGGUGUCUGUUUGUAGGUACCGGAGGUGUUGUUUUGGUAUGAACGAGAAUCUUGUGAAGCGGUUGUCCUUGAGUUAUUAAAAUUUGUCCUAGAAUCUUUAAUUUAUC